AUGGCUCAACAGAUUGCUGGGGGCGAAGGACCCCUGGCUGCGGGAGGCCUGGAGGAAAGAAUAAAGGGUCUUUUUGGGUGUUACCCAGCCUUGCUCCUGCCUUUUGCUCAGCCCCCUCUCAAGAGGCAUGCUGUUGUGGACGACCUCGACAGCCACUUGUGUUCCAGUCAAUCACACUCUUCUCCUGGAUUAAUAUUCCUCUACUCUGAAACCGCUUUCCAGUCGGGAAGUGUUCAACAUCACUGGAAUGAAAUAUUCUUCUUUGUCGAUCAUCUAGCUCACAAGUUCAUCAGCCCCCAACUGAGAAUGUCUUUUAUCGUCUUCUCGACCAGAGGGACCACGCUUAUGACCUUAACUGAGGACAGGGAACGAAUUCGUAAAGGACUGGAGGAGCUACAGAUGGUGCAGCCUGGAGGGGACACGUACAUGCAUGAGGGUUUUGAGAGGGCCAGCGAACAGAUCUACUAUUCCAGUGCUGAGGGUUACAGGACAGCCAGUGUCAUCAUUGCCCUGACCGAUGGUGAACUGAUGGAGAACCUUUUCUACUAUGCAGAGAGAGAGGCUGACCGGUCACGAAGUCUGGGAGCGACAGUCUACUGUGUUGGUGUCAAAGACUUCAAUGAAACUCAGCUGGCUCGAAUUGCAGACAGUAAAGACCAUGUUUUCCCGGUGAAUGACGGUUUCGAGGCGCUCCAAGGCAUCAUCGACUCGAUCUUGAAGAAAUCCUGCAUUGAGAUUCUAGCUGCUGAGCCAUCAAGCAUCUGUGCUGGAGAAACGUUCCAGGUUGUCGUGAAGGGGAACGGAUUUUCCCAUGCGCGCAGUGUGGACAAAGUUCGCUGCAGCUUCAAAAUUAAUGACACAGUGACCCUCACUAAAAAGCCUUUGGUGGUCGAAGACACCUACUUGCUCUGUCCUGCGCCAGUGCUACAGGAAGUUGACGGAGCGGUCUUCCUGCAGGUCAGUAUGAAUGAGGGUCUGAGCUUCAUCUCCAGCUUCGUCACCAUCACAACAGUCCACUGUUCGGAUGGAACAAUUCUGGCGAUCGCGCUCUUAAUUCUGUUCCUGCUCCUGGCACUGGUCCUGCUCUGGUGGUUCUGGCCUUUAUGUUGCACUGUGAUCAUCAAAGAGCCCCCUCCACCUCCCACGGAUGACGAGGUACGCUGGGGAGAGAAGGGAUCGACGGAAGAAGGCGCCAAAUUGGAAAAGGCCAAAAAUGCGAGGGUGAAAAUGCCGGAGCAAGAGUAUGAGUUCUCCGAGUUGGGGAUUCAGAACAACAACAGAGGUCGGCAGAUGAAUGCCCCCAGGAAGUGGUACUCACCAAUCAAGGGCAAGUUGGAUGCACUGUGGGUUCUCCUGCGGAAAGGCUAUGACCGGGUUUCCGUGAUGAGACCUCAACCUGGAGACAAGGGCCGCUGCAUUAACUUCACGCGGGUGAAGAAUGAAGCCAAGCCCACCAGCUACCCGAUCUACAACAACAUGAGGAACGCGGGGCCUCCUCCCAUCUAUAGCCCCAACCUGAGCCCUCCUGCCUCUGCCACCCCGUCGCCUGAACCUUCGCCUACUCCGUCGCCGACCUCCUCGCUGCCUCCACCGCCCCCAGGACCGCCACCCACCCGGGCCCCUCCCCCGUCUCGCCCACCACCCCGCCCUUCCUUCUGAAGCCACCGGGGGGCGCAAGUCGGGUGGCUAACCCUUCGUUUCUGUGGUUGAUGGUGAAGGGCACCAAAGUGGGACUGUGUUAAGGCUCCCUGCUGGCCCAAAGGAGAUUCUUCCCUUUUGUCAGUUUUUUUUAUAUAUUGCAGGGUGCCUGCAGCAAAGCAAGCUCCAAUCCACACUGUAAUAUCCUUCUGAACAUAUGCCGGUUAAAGUUGGCAUCAUUGCCUUAAACUCGA